CCUCGGUCUCCUUCUCACCACACAUUCUCUCGACAUGUCGUCCAGCCAGGGCUCUUCACCACCACCGUACGCUAUGUCUUCGGUACCAGAGACUACCCCUGCGUCGUCACCACCUAGGAGCGAGUUCACCCUAGGCAAGGACGCGUCGGAGUACACCAGCAGUCCAGAGCCAGAGCUGGUGGAUGCGCAGGACGUGAAGGAGGACGAGGAGUUCGAAGCGCGCUUUGCGCGCCUCAGUCGCAUUCUUGAGAAGUCCUAUACGUAUAGUGGCCUGCUCAAGCAACAGAUGGACAAGGAAAAGCAGUCGUCGGCCCUUCGCUCCGUGCUCAAAGCUACCGCGCCAGCAGAGCCGAGCAAGAAGGCACCCGCGAAACGCGGUCGUAAAGGGCGUAAGAAAGCAGUCGAGGAGGAGCCCGAGGAAGAGACGAAACCAGAACAAUCCCCCCAGAAGGAGGAGCCGAACAAGCAGGCGGAAGAGCAGCCGAAGUUCGUCCAGCCUAGUCUGGUAAUCGGUGCACAGCUGAAGGAUUACCAGCUGGAGGGCGUCGAGUGGAUGAUCAGUUUGGACAAGAACGGUGUUUCAGGGAUACUAGCGGAUGAAAUGGGUCUUGGCAAGACUCUUCAAACCAUCGCCUUCAACGCCUACCUCCGCGAACAAGGCAAUUUUAGCCCAUUCCUUGUCGUUUGUCCACUCAGUGUACUACACAACUGGAUUGAGGAAUAUAACCGCUUCGCUCCUGACAUACCAGUUUGCAUGUAUCACGGUUCUCCCAUCGAGCGUGCUGAGCUCCGUACGACGGCCAUGCGCCUGCCGGACGUUAACUAUGACAGCGACGAGGAAGCCGCAGCUAACGUCAACGCGAAGCCAAAGAAGAAGGCUCCGGCGAAGAAGAAAGCAGCACCAGCGCCUAAGGCAGCCACACGCAAGUCUCAGCGCCAACCUCAGCCAUCUCCGUCCAAACCUUCGCCCACCCGACGGACGCGCAGCGGCCGCCCCACCAAGCGCGCUAAGGUCGACUCGGAUGGCGACGAUGAUCCAUCAGAUUCGGAGGACCAGGCAAUGGACGAGGACGAAGAAGACGAGAAGGAAGUAAGGGCACCUCUCCCACCUCAGACGCGCAAGACGUUCCCGGUCGUGGUAACGACGUACGAGAUGAUCAUACGCGAUCGCGCGUACUUGGCGGCGUAUAAUUGGGGUUACAUCGUCGUUGACGAGGGACACCGUCUCAAGAACCUCGACUGCCGGCUCAUGCAGGAGAUCAAGAAGUACCCGAGCGCCGGGAGGAUGAUUUUGACGGGGACGCCGUUGCAUAACAACCUCUCGGAGCUGUGGGCAUUGCUGAAUUUCGUGCUGCCGGAUAUAUUCAAUGAUUUGGAUGCAUUCCAGGAGUGGUUCAAUCUCGGCGCAAUGCAAUCCCACCUCACCUCCGAGCAGUCCUCCGAGCUCAUCCACACGCUACACGGCAUCCUCAAGCCCUUCCUCCUGCGCCGGCUCAAAGCGGAUGUUGAAGGGCUCCUCCCGCCCAAGAAGGAGUACGUGUUGUACGCGCCGCUCACCGUCCGUCAGCGCGACCUGUAUGAUACGAUCGUUGAGGGCAACUUGCGCCAGUUCCUACUCGGGCAGGGUAAGGGCGUGUGUGCGACCGAGGAGGAGGAAGAGAAGAGGAAGAAGGAGGUAGAGCAGGCGAUCGAGACGGAUGCGCCGCGGAAACUGAGGAAGGGAAAGAGGAGACGGUAUGAUGUCGACGGGGACGAUGAUGCGUAUUUUGAGAUGCUGGAGAACGGGGAGGUGGCCAAGGUUAGCGGGGCGCCUGCGAAGGAUGAUCUGGGGGAAAUGGCGAGGCAGCAUCAACUGAAGACGACACUCAAGCAGGUGAACAACAUGAAGUUGCAGAACACGGUCAUGCAGCUGCGUAAAGUGUGCUCGCACCCAUUCCUCUUCGACUGGCCCAUUGAUGCGUCGACGAGCCAACCCGUGCUGGAUGACAGCCUCGUCGGCGCGUCAGGAAAGAUGAUGGUGCUUGACCGUCUCCUCACCGAACUGUUUAAGCGCGGGCACAGGGUGCUACUAUUUAGCCAGUUCACGACCAUGUUGGAUAUCAUCGACGACUGGGCACGCGAACUGAAGGGUUGGGACAUCUGUCGCAUUGACGGGUCCUCUGCUCCUCUGGAGCGAAGAGAGCAGAUGAACAUUUUCCAAGCUGCCACACCCGACUCACCACGGCUGUUUUUGCUCAGCACCCGCGCGGGUGGCCUAGGUAUCAACCUCACGGCUGCGGACACGGUCAUCUUCUAUGAUCAGGACUGGAACCCUCAAAUGGAUGUACAGGCGCAGGACCGCGCGCACCGCAUCGGCCAGACCAAGCCCGUGCUGAUCUUCCGCCUGAUCUCAGCUCACACGAUUGAGACGCGCAUCAUGCAGCGCGCAACGGAGAAGCGCAAGCUCGAGGCACUGGUCAUCGCCAAAGGAAAGUUCAAGAUGCCUGGCCAAGCAGCCGCCCCACGAAACGGCCAACGAGCCAAGCGCGAGACCAUGGCAGAGCUCGCCGCCUCUCUCCUCCGGCUCGAGGGCGAGCAGAUCGACGUCGUUCCCGACACGGCCGCGGGCAAGGCGAGUGUGCUGAGUGACGCGGAGCUCGACAUGCUCCUCGACAGGCGUGAAGAGGUAUUCUCGGAUCGUGGGAAGGGAUGGACGAGCUCCACAGCAGCUGCUUCGGCUGACGCCGAGGGCGCAGCGGGUGCACAGGACGAGGAUCAGGCUCAGGAUGAGAUGGGGGUGCAGAAGAAGGCAGCGAAGGCGGCGUUUGCGGCGUAUGAGGCGCCCGUGGGGCAGGGGAACGAGGCGUUGGCGAAGAUCUUGGGCGAGGAUGCCCCAGAGUGAUUGAUGCUGGGAGGUGGUUCCUAUGGGUGUUGCUGUAUAUUCUUGGGUAAUUAGAGUGCUUGUUCGUGACAUACCUUUUGUAGAUUUUAGAAACCAUAUAGCAUACUGU